UCGAGACGAUGAUUAGCCUCGCCCUCUCAUCGAUAGACAAUUCUGUUGACGACGUUAAAUAAAUAAAAUAAAUAUUUAUUCAUUGUCACAAUAUUGUUGCAAUAAAGUAAUAAUAGAUGUUAACAUUAUUCAUGAGUUUUUUGAAUAAUUUGUAUGAAAAAAAGAACUUAUUUGUAAAACGGAGCAACUCAUGAACAAUUUUUAAAAUUAUUGCACGUCAUUUAUGUCAAUUAAUAUUAAUAAUUUCUUAAAAAGUGGAUCAUAGCGACAGGUAGGAUAGUCUAUUUCAUUUGAAAUAAUACAAACAGUUAAACAGCUGCUGAGAGUAAGCGAUAUAACAAGAGAUUACGUGCUCCUUUUGUAAUCAUGAAGUUUCAUUACAAGGAAGAGCAUCCUUUCGAAAAAAGGAAGGCCGAAGGCGAAAAAAUUCGAAGAAAAUAUCCAGAUCGAGUACCUGUGAUUGUUGAAAAAGCACCUAAAGCCAAAAUUAGCGAUUUGGAUAAACAAAAAUAUCUUGUACCGUCAGAUCUUACUGUGGGUCAAUUUUAUUUUUUGAUUCGUAAGCGAAUUCAUCUUCGUGCAGAAGAUGCACUCUUUUUUUUUGUGAACAAUAUUAUUCCUCCAACUAGUGCCACAAUGGGUUCACUUUAUCAGGAGCAUCAUGAAGAAGAUUUUUUUCUUUAUAUUGCUUACAGUGAUGAGAAUGUUUAUGGAUAUUAAUAUUCCAGAAAGUGACACAUAUUUGACAGAAUAAAUAUAGUUUUAUCAUCUAUACUACAUAGAGAUGAUAGUAUUAUAAAAUAAAAUUAUGUAGAUUGUUCUUGACACAAUAAAUUUUUGUUUCUUA